CAAAAACAUCCAUCCAUCCCCCUCCUUCCCCCUCCCCCCUUCAACUUUACCCUCAAAACAACAACAAUGGCUUUCGGUGACAGAGGCGGUCGUGGCGGUGGUGGUCGUGGCGGCGGUCGAGGUGGUUUCGGUGGUGGCAGGGGCGGUGGUCGAGGUGGUGGCCGAGGCGGUUCUUUCGGUGGCGACAGGGGUGGUAGGGGUGGUGGCCGAGGUGGUGCCGGUGGUCGAGGACGAGGUGCUCCCCGUGGUCGAGGUGGCGCCGGAGGCGGUCGAGGUGGCAAGCCCGGUAUGGGCCGAGCUGGUCCCGGUGCCGUCACUCUUGAGCCCCACAAGCACGAAGGUGUCUACAUCGCCAAGGGCAAGGAGCACUUGCUUGUCACCCGAAACAUGACCCCCGGCGAGUCAGUGUACGGCGAGAAGCGAGUCUCUAUUGCGACCACCAACGCUGAGGGCGAGGAGGAGAAGAUUGAGUACAGGGUCUGGAACCCCUUCAGGAGUAAGCUUGCCGCUGGUAUCUUGGGUGGUUUGGACAACAUCCACAUCAAACCUGGAGCCAAGGUUCUCUACCUCGGUGCUGCUUCCGGUUCUUCCGUCUCCCACGUCUCAGACAUUGUCGGCCCCGAGGGUGUCGUCUACGCUGUCGAGUUUUCUCACCGACCCGGACGAGAGUUGAUCGGUAUGGCCAAGAAGAGGACCAACGUUGUCCCCAUCGUUGACGACGCUCGUCACCCCCAAAAAUACCGAAUGCUCGUGCAAAUGGUCGAUGUCAUCUUUGCCGAUGUCGCCCAGCCCGACCAGGCCCGUAUCAUUGCCCUCAACGCCCACCACUUCCUCCGUAACGGCGGUGCCAUCGUCAUCUCCAUCAAGGCCAACUGUAUCGACUCUACGGCGCCCGCGGCUCAGGUGUUUGCUUCCGAGGUUAACCUGAUGAGGAAGGAGGGUAUCAAGCCUAAGGAACAACUUACUCUUGAACCUUAUGAGCGAGACCACGCCAUCGUUGUCGGUAUCUACCAACGUCACGAGUAAUCUCCCCUCAAUCCUUAAUCUCCCUUCCUCAAUCGCAUAACUCCCCGCGCAUCGUCAUGACCUUGACAAAAUUGUAAACUCCCCCCAAUCUAUCCAAAACGGCGUUUUAGAAGUUUGAAGAAGAAAAGACUGUCCAGGAGAAAUUCUCUAUAGACGUCUUUAUAUAUGUGCUUUCUUCGUUUUCCUCUCUCUUGUUUCUCUCUUCAUUUCGGCCUUUUCUAUCUCUCUUUGCAUGUAUGAGAAAACAUAUCUUUCGGAACUUCUGCACGGUUCGUUCUCCAUGCUGACAUUGUACAGUGC